UAUCGAGGGUUGCUGUGCGCAAAACUAUCUUCAACCCCCUUCGUCGGUGCCGUCCAGCGCCAGCGCGACGCGAGUGCCGGCUGAUUGUUUAUUAGUGUCUCAAUACGGUCCGUGACACGUGCGUGCUUAACAAUAUUCAAAAAGUUAUAAAUAUUUGUUUAUCGUUGACAGUUCAGUGUCUGCUGUGAGACAAAUCAAGUGGUUUUGACAGUCAGUACAUCGUAGCCCAGUUUAUUUUUCUCUAUUUCCCGUCAAUUUUCAUUCGUAAUUAUUCGCCUGACAAUUCCUGUCAAAUUGUCUCCAUUUUUCAUCGAUGAAUUAGUGGUUAAAUGUGGGAGUGAACGUCCAGUCUUCCCAUAAAAAUGUGCUGUAUUAAUUCAACUCUGUGCCAGUGACAAGUGCUUGUGAUCCAAUAAAUCGUGCCAAUGGAGUAGAUUAUGAUAAAUGAGUGGAGAAGUUAGUAUUCACGGCACCCAGUAGUGUCGUAGUGGUGUGACGAUGCUCGAGCUUGUGGAGGGACAGGUGGAGAUGUUGAAGCGAGGGUAGUAGGCCGAGUGGCUGCUACAAGUAUUAUUCCACGUCACGUACCAUCGGUGUCUCCAUCAGUCAUCGAAUUUCCUCCACCAGGUUUUAUCUCAUCAUCAGACUGACAACGUCAUCCAGGAUUUGGGUGAGUGCAGUGAUGGGGCAGCCUCUUGGCAGAUGAUUCUACCAUCGAUGCUGGUGAGCCACCAACCGUGGCCUUGAGACUAAUUUGAAUGGUAAAUCACGAGACAUUGGACGGGACAAGUUGAAGUGCCUUUCCAUCGACAGAUUACCAGUGAUAAAUUCAACGGGUGUGGAGGGCUUUUUAAGGGUCAUUUAUCGCCAGGGGUGGGGGGCUAUGAUGCUGAUUGGUGGGUCGAAACGGGCGUCAGGACCCUUUGAUCGGAAAAGGGAGAAAUGAAGUUAUCAGUGUCGGCUUAUAGAGCCCAGGCCAGUGCCCACAAGAAGAUCCUUUGUAAUUAUCAGCAUCAGCUGAGCUACGGUGCUACCACACAGGCAGCCCGGACCACCUCAGAUCCCGCGGCCGUCCUCUCUGGCCUCAAGGUGGAUCGUGCGGAGAACGAGGAGGCCCAGGGCGGAGGUCUGGCGCAAUCCAGUUACCUUGGUGCGUCAAGUUCGAGGAUGGGUCCUGGGCUGGACUCUGGCAGCAGUGCACCAUCCUCAGUACCACACUCAUUGGCGACAUCGCACGACGACGAGGACAACGAGGAUGAUGAGAGUAGCAGUCGUCGGCCCGGGGGAACCAGGUCAUCACCGGGACCAAGUGUUCGGCUACACCGACGCGCAUCACUGAGGAAGUCCUUCAGCAACGGGCUUGGUGAUGACGAUGGCGAUUCAAACAUCUCAUUGGACUCGAUCGACAGCAAUGCACCCGAUCAACAAUUACCAGAAUCCGCUAGACGUCCACGUAGUUCCAGGGGCUCCCAAAAGUGGAGUAACGUGCGUGCAGUCAUGGCACUGUAUUCCUCACUACGAAAAAUCAAGAGAACAAAGAGCAACCAGCGAUGGAUGAAACUCCGUACAACCGUCCAACUGUCUUCAGCAAUAUCAACAAUACAGAAGAAACCACCACUGAAACGCGAGGACUCGUUUCUGAAGAGAUUCUCAACGAGACAAAUACCGGAGAGCCAGGAGACACUUGAUACUGGUGAGGGUGAGGGUGACACAGCGGAUGAUAAAGAUUCAUCAAGGAGACGACGUAGACCGAGAAAACCACAGAGGCCACCCAAGACAGUUGUUAAUCCAGAUGAAAAUUUUUAUUUCUACUGGCUUAUGCUACUCUCUGCCUGUGUACUUCAUAAUCUUUGGACAUUAAUUGUACGUCAGAGUCUUCCGGAAUUGCAGGCAAUGGCACCAGCAGCUUGGUUAGCAUGCGACGGCUUCACCGAUCUCAUAUUUUUUCUCGACGUUGGUGUACAAUUUAGAACUGGAUAUCUUGAACAAGGUCUCAUGGUUUAUAACAACAAAAAAUUAGCUGGCCACUACCUCAAAUCAAAGUCAUUUAUUCUCGAUCUACUGGCCCUACUACCACUUGAUCUACUGCAGGUCAAUCUUGGCAGCAAUCCAAUGCUCAGAUUUCCACGUUUUCUCAAAGUUUAUCGGGUUUAUAAUUAUUACUACAUGGUGGAGUCGAGAACGGUUUAUCCAAAUUUAUGGCGUGUAGUGAAUUUGAUACACAUACUACUCAUACUUGCACACUGGUUUGGAUGCUUUUAUUAUCUGCUGAGCGAGGCUGAGGGCUUCCAGGGUGACUGGGUGUAUCCCUACAGGCCAGGUGAAUAUGCUACUCUCACUAGGAAGUACCUGGGAUCACUUUACUGGUCCACAUUGACACUCACUACUAUUGGGGAUCUACCGACGCCGGAGACCAACGCCGAAGUCACUGCGGGCGGCAAUCCCCGGAGCCUCGCUCGUCGCGGCCGACUGUCCCGGCUACUGCAGUUCAAGCAUAACGGAGGAUACGUAUUCACAAUAGUCAGCUAUCUCAUCGGAGUCUUCAUAUUUGCUACAAUCGUUGGACAAGUUGGCAAUGUCAUCACCAAUCGUAAUGCCAAUAGACUUGAGUUUGAGAGACUUCUUGAUGGGGCUAAAACGUACAUGAGACAUCAUAAAGUACCUGGUGGCAUGAAGACACGUGUGCUCAGGUGGUAUGACUACAGCUGGUCCAGAGGACGGAUCCAGGGCGGUGGGGAUAUUAAUACCGCCCUAGGUCUACUACCGGACAAGCUGAAGACCGAGCUUGCGCUACACGUAAAUCUUUCUGUCCUGAAGAAAGUCACCAUUUUCCAGGAAUGCCAACCGGAAUUCCUGCACGAUCUUGUCCUCAAGAUGAAAGCCUACAUAUUCACACCCGGGGAUUCGAUAUGCCGAAAGGGUGAAGUUGCCAGAGAGAUGUUUAUCAUAGCGGACGGAAUACUCGAGGUAAUCAGUGAAACUGGCCGAGUGUUGACUACCAUGAAAGCCGGCGACUUUUUCGGAGAAAUUGGAAUUCUCAAUCUCGAUGGACUGAACAAACGCACAGCCGAUGUGAGAUCGGUCGGGUACUCGGAGCUCUUCAGCUUAUCGCGAGAGGACGUUUUAGCGGCGAUGAAGGACUACCCGGAGGCCCAGGAAAUCCUCCAGAAUCUCGGUAGAAAGCGUCUGAUGGAGGCGCAACGUGUGGCCCGUGCAUUUCGUCACGGUGUGCCAACAUCCCCGGGUCACGAUUCCUCCGACAACAGCACCGGUAAACGCAUCGUCGAUAAGCUGAAGAGUGACGUAAAAGGCCUGAAGAACGUUCUCCGAAAGAGUCGCCGGGUGGGUCGUCCAGACGAGUCAAUGGAGCUGCAGCCACUGGCUCCAAAAGUGCCACCACUACGUCGACAGCACAAAAUUGAUGACGAACGAAUAGAGGAGACAUCAGCCUCGGAGCCGCCAGUGUCUCCAUUGGGUGCUGGCCUGCCGAUACUUGCCCGACUUCGUCUCCUGAAGGAGAAACAGGAGCGCGAGGAAAGGCGCCACCUCAUGGAGACGCAUGCAUCCCCGAGUGAGGUAAUCCAUUCGCCAGUGGUUCAGCAGAAUCCCUCAGAUCAGUUGAAUCCUGCGAAUCCAAAUCUUCCACUGCUGCAGAGGAUAUUGUUACUGAAAAACAAGGCAGAUAUUGAGCCGGUGGUCGAUAAGGAAGUGCCGACAAAGGAGCCACUGCUGUUGAGAAAAGUGAGCUCCGAGGACACACAGAGUGCAAAGUUACCAGUCGAUACACCAAAGAGUUCACCGGUAUCAGUGGAGGCAUGUGGUAACUAUGGUACCAGCAAAAAGCCCUGGGUAAUGCUGAAGAAUGCUUCCCUAACGGCGAGAGAGUCGGCCGUUUCCUCACCGCUGGUGAUUAGCCCGCAGAGAAGGAGCCAAACUAAGCAGACACUGGUACAGAUCCGACAGCAGACUAAGAUGUACGCUUCUGUUGAUGAUCUAUCGCCGGAAUACGGCGGGCUUCCGUUUGUUAAAAAACUGAAGAUUCUCAAUGAGAGACAAAAGCUCGCUGAAUUGGAGAAGGCGGUGAGAAGCUCCAGCCUCGACUGCGGGGAGAAUAAUGACGGGGGGUUCAAUGGAAGUCUCACCAGGAGUCACUCGGAAGCUUGUGCCAUUGAGUAUGCCAGGAAGUUAGCUAGGUUUAAUAAGGAGCACCCGAAUUCCCAGUCGCCCUCGGACCCUCUCUCCCCGGAGAACGAGACACUCGAGAGACGAAAUCUGAAGAGCAUCCUUAAGAAAUUGUCAUCCGGAAGUAGAGCGGGAAGUACAGACACAUCGACUGGAACAAGUACACCGGAUCCUGAUGUAGUGAGUGAUGAGUUCAGAAAACUCAUGAGGGCACAAACAAUUGAGGGCUACGCCGCAAGGCAUUCUAAAUUAUCAAAAAGUGUUACUUUCAAUAAGUAUACAUUGCAGAGCCCUCCAUCGGAGCAAUUGCCAGUGGAGCAGUAUGCCGAUGAGAAGUUGUCGUUGUCGCAGGAGCAAACCCCACUGCCACCGCCCAAUAAAAUUAGCUUCCGUCCUCUUGGCACUGGGGGUAUACUGCAGAUGGUGACGAGGCACAGUGAUGACGAGUAUCUGGGUGAUUUGGUUAUGGGAAUACGGGAAGUCAUACAGAAACGUCUGGAAGGGAUCCAAAGUAAAUUCGAACACCAAUUUACAUCCCUGCAGCUGGAGAUCCGGAAGCGAGACGAAAUAAUAUCGCAACUCCAGACUCGAAUUCAAGUACUGGAGAAUGCCGAGCUUCCAGAUAAUGACUCUUGUGACGACAGUACAGAGCCGGACGUAUCGAUGGAGGAGGACGCGGUGGACGAGGGUGAGGAUCAUCCGUUUAUGCGCGACGGCUCGGUGGACACAGUUCUCGGUGGUUCGCGACCAAGACUGAGGCGCUCGUCGACGAUGACAGAGGGCUCGCGACAUCGCCGCUCCUGGGAGGAGCACUCCGAGGAGGAGACCCUCCAGCUGCAGGACCUCCCCCGUUCAAUAUCCCCGCAGAACAUUUGGAAGGAUGAGGUCGCCAUUGAUGUCGAGUCCAACAGCGACGACAGCAAAUCCGAGGACGACGGCGAUCCCCCGGGGAGACGACGAAGUGCUGACGAUUAUACUGAUGACGCACCCGGCCACAACAACUGGGAGGUGACGAUGCUAGCUCAGGAAUUGGAGAAUAGAAGACGUAAUAGCGAGGGCUCCAGCCCUGGCUCCUAGCGCAUUAACGAAAUACUGGAGUUACUGUGCUAUUACAAGAGGGGAAUGCACUCGAAACGGAGGGGUAGAAUACCCAGGAAGAGUCUCGGUGGAAGUACAAGUUUCAAUGACGACGAGUUGCCAUUUCCUGGUGUCUCAUGUUUCAAUGGUUGCAAUGAAACAAUGAUGUGAGGGACAAAAAACAUUGUUUCAUUCACACGCACGGGCGCGAAAAAUUCAUCGGAAAAAAAACGGUCACAUUCCAUUGAUUAUUGACCUGAAUUAACGGAGAGAGAAUGUCCAGUAAAAAUAAUCACUAAAUUGUGAGGUAAUUUUUUGAUUGCAAUUCCUUCGGUUGGGAUUAUGUCAAAAAUAAUUCGGUUAAAAAAUUUAAUGGUACUCGUACGUAAGAAUAAGUACAAUAGCUUUUUUUGACUAAAAUACCGAAUAAAAUUUUUGGGUAUUCACCGGAUGAUCUGAUGAAUUUUUCCCCACGUCCCGUUCUUAAUUUCGUUGACUGUUAUCUCAUGCAUUGACAUAGUUUUUUCGAAGUCAGACAAUUGAUAAUGAAAUGCACAAUCGUGACUGGAUAGAUUAAUCAAUCUCGAGAUAAUUAGGGUAGAUUUGUAGGUAUUUUUUAUUUAUAAUCAAAUUAUUGAUGAUUGCGUUUCAUACGGUGUGAGGUAUAAUGUGAAUUAUCAUCGAAUAAAUUGUGCGAGUGGAGCUCCUCAGGGUGGAACUGUUAUAAUUGUUCUCAUUGUCGACUGUAAAUACUCACAGGUGCCUGAGCGACCAGAAUACUUGUGGUACAAUUGAAAUGGUUGAAUUGUCAAGAGCAACUGUUACCAUUUCUAGGUGAUGAACACAUCUAGACGAUAUUAUUUAUUUCUCAGCAUCACAUUAAAUUGUUUGAGACGUUAACUUCAGGGUUUAGAUUAUCAAAGAUAAUUGCAAUCAUUGGUAUGAAAGGUAGACGCACUGAUGAAUCAUCAAAUCAAUUCAUUUUUCUAUUCUCAAAUGUUGAAUGAUUUAGAAAUAAAAUUCGACGAUGAAUAUUCGGGUGUGAGGGGCUUAGCGAGAUAUUUCAGAGUGGGAGGGGAUUAUUCCGACCAAAGUCUCGUAAAGUACGUUCAUAGGUAAUUAAAUAAGAUCUCAAAAGCAGUAGAGAAUCAUUGGAACGAGUUAAUUCGACAAGUUACUUCCGUUUAAAGUUUCGUUAGGGGGGUGAGAAAGGAUGGCUGUAGUAUUUAACAAUUGUUGAGAAUUCAGAUAAUGGUUUAAUCAACACAAAGAGCAAGUAUAAUUUAUAUCAGUACUGAAAGAUGAGAAGAUAAAUGCACUUGAAUAUAUUUAUUGUAUACUGAUACUACCAGACCAAGCUCAAUAUUUCUAGAGUCUUUACAAUGGAAUGUCACGUGUGUGUGAGUGAGUGGUAUUAAUGUCGAAUAAUUAAAGGGGAAUAACUUGCCGAUGUGCAUGAACAUAAUGAAUAUGUGAAUUAAAUUACUGGGGGAGGACAAUUAAUGAAACAUUGUAAAUACUAGACUACGAUCUAUUUAUUUAUAAAAAAAUUGUGAGCGAAUGGGAGAUACAAGAGACUCAUCACGUGUGUCACAGGGCGGAAUGAAAAUCGAUGAUGGGGAUGGGGUAGGUUAAUAAUUCUGAGGAGACGUUCUAUUAAAGUGGAGAGAGUAUGUAAUUUUCGGGCGAAGAGAAUAUACAAUAAAGCGAACUGUUUUCAAAUUUUCACGAGUCAAUUUAAUAAUCCAAUUUGAAUAUUCUAUUCCGCUUUAUCUACUGGUUUAUUUUUCCUCACUGGGGGAGGGAUGUGAGAGUACACUCGAGGGAUAUCUCGAAAAAGAUUUAUAAAAUCAGAUUUACCAAGUGCUCUCUUGUAAAAUUCAGGACA